AUUUAUUAUGUUCUCAUUGAUUCUGUUCUCACUCUUUUGGGAGAAAAGACCCAACACAGCUGAAAACGACGUCUUUUCCUUUUAUGCUUAUUGGGUUUCUAUAUGGCUUGGCGUUUCUCGUCUUUUUCUCUUGCACUUAAGUUUAUGGCAGGUGUCUGUGUGUGUGUGUUGGUAAUACUGCAAAGAAAUGGAAGGCUUGUCUGUGGCCCCUGCCACUGGAUUGUUGUUAUUGGUAUGCAAGUCGCUCAAGGAAGCUCUCAUAGCUAAAUGUUAUCCGGCAGAGUAGGUUAAGUUGCUACAACAGGAAAUCAAAGUCUCAGAGGGCAGUUUUUGGGAAUCUGUAGGAAUUUGGAAGCAAUGCGUAACCCCCUUCCACUUCUAUAAGUACGGGAUAGGCGAAAGCAGCUGCAGACACGCGCGGGGGUGGCGUGUCUUUCCUUCUCUGUCCCGAGUUGGCGGCGACGAGUCUGAGAGGCCUGGGAGGCCAUCCGCACAUCUGAGAGGAGAGGAAUUUGCCUUUACCCUGUUAGCUCGAUAGCCGGGAUUGGAACACGUGAGUGAACGCCUGGGCUUCUCCUGCCCAGAAGCGCCUUUCAGUCACUCCAGAGUUUGUACAGGUUUCUGGUAAUGCGCCUUGGUCUCCCGCUCCCCCCAACCCCACCCCACUGCCCCUGAAAAUAUUUUUGGUUACAAAUAACCACCAAGAGAUCGUGAACGCUGAUUUGUGCCACUUAAGCCAGGGAAUUGUACUUUUCGGAGAGCAUGUGUAGUGUGUCACUUUAUAGAAUGUUUGGAGACUGUGUUUUAACCUCUGGAGUAUUUUGGAGAAAUGUCUCCUUACUCAAGAACAGGCCGGAUCCCGGCUUUGUUACUCUAACUGGAAAGGCACUGCUCCCUCUCAGUGGGGCUGGGGUUGGCCUAUACCUUUCUAGGUUUUGCAAGGUGGGGCUAGGGUUUCUGUCUUUACCCCUCCCCUCCCCCACUCCCAAGCUGGGCCAAGCAAUAAACUGGAAGUUAAUUUAAACUAAGGCUGCGUGGGUUUGGUUAGCUAUUGGUGAGAGUGUGUGUGCUGGAGGGCAGGAGGGGUUUGCUGUGCAUUUCCCUGGUGCUGUGCAGAGAGAGAUGGCUACACAAAAUGUCAUCAUAUACCUGUUUCUAGAUUGAGCUCUCUUCAGAUAAAACAUUUUCGCGAAUCAUGUUUUUGUUAGCGAGCUGGUUUGGAUUUUUGUAGAUUUCUCUUGUUCGUGUACUUUUCAUUAGGAUAGUUGAAAAGGGACUUGUGUAACCAGGUAGAUUUAGUUCUAGCUGGGAAUUUUGGUGGGGGUCAAGUUAUUUCCUAUAGUAGAAUGGAAUUCUUUUUUAAAAGCUUCUAAAAUAAUAGAAUGUGUACUGAAAAGUAUCUAAAUUGAUCUCAGUUUAAUAAGAAUUGAAAAAUUGAGAAGUCAUAUCUCCUUAAAAAAGUUUCAGGGCAUGGUCUAAAUUGUUUACCUAGGGGUGAAAAUGUAAGCACAUUCUGCAAAUCCUAAUUGGUUUCAUGUUUAGCCAGUGUGUCUUAAUUUUCUUCAGAUGUUGAAUAAAAAAAUAAGCAAAUGGUUGUGUUGAAGGACUGGCAUUUUAACACUUGAAAAUUCCUAAAUGUAAACAUUGAAUGUCUUGCGCUUUUCAGAUACAAUUCAUUGACCUGCAUGUAAAUGCAGAUUUUUGCCUUACUCUCCUGAUUUUUCCUUUGCAAGCUGGUGUGAAUUUCUCCCCAUGUGUAGGUAAUUAAAUUAAAAACAUUAUCUGGUAAUCACUGCCUGUUUUAUUUUUAAAGGCUUUUGCCCAACCUAAAAACAUGCUUAGUUACUUGUUACUUAUAAGGAAGGAGAGUUCCUCUUUAGGAAAGCACAUAAGGUAAAAUGUUACCGGUGUCAGCAAGUAUUUAUCAAUGGAAGCCUUUUCAGUUUAUUAACAGUGUAGAUUAAAUUUUCUAGCUGAUUUUCACUAGCGUUAAAAUGCUCAGCAUUUUAAAUGAUACUAUUUUACUAGCAAAGUAAACAGGAAUGAGUACAUUGGAGACAACUUUUUACUGAUUUAGAGAGCAAUCAAGUAAGUCCUUUGCUUGUAUUGAAAUGGCUAAAAGCAAAAGUAGAGCUUUCUUUCUCUGCCCAGGAAAAUUUGCUGGAAAUCUAUAUUACAAUUUUAUUUUAACUGAACUUUGGAGCUAUGUAUGAUACAGUUUGUCUUAUCUGGGUAGUUCCACUGUCUGAGUAGGUUUUGAGAGAGGGCAGAGAAGGCACCCUGGUGAUCCCAGGUGCCCAGCACCUAUAGGAAGGUCAAGAGGUGGUACUGGUGACAGUGAGUUGAAUGCUGCAGACCAGUCCUUGCCAAGGGAGGCUGCUGGACUUGGGUGGAGUUCUUUGUGCUUAGCAGUCAUUGCAUUCCAUCCCAUCAUCAUGUGGGCAUCUGAGACAGGCACACCCACAUAUGCAGCAAUGACCUUUAUACCUGCUGUGCAAGGCAUGUUGGGAGCCUGGUGCUUAUGGCACAAGAAUGCUUAUGGCAGCACUCUGAGAUGGAUGAAUGGGCUUGUAGCGACUAAACAGUAGAACAGGCCCAGGAGGAGAUUUGAUGCUUGGCAGGCUGGCCCAACUCUGGGAGCAGAGCUGGGCGGGGGACUCGUUCAGGAAGGGGCAUUGUUGAGUUUGGUUCAGACCAAGCUUAGCUCCUGAUUACCGAAGUCGCAAGGGAAUGUGGAAGGAAUGUUGCUUUUCUGCAUUCAGAUACCCCUCAGAUGGGGAAGAUUAUAGCAGUGCUCCGCAGAGCUUGAGGUCUCCUGUGUCCAGAAUGAAGAGAGGAUUGUAUUGAAUAUCUGGGAUAGUGUUGCACUUUCUGUUCCAAAUAUACAAGAUACAGCACAUGAAGACUUGGCUUCACUCCGAGGAUUCGGAAACUUCAGAUACGAAAUAUCCCGCCUCACUUACAGUGGGAGUGAACACUGACUCGGAAACUGCAGUCGUAAAUGUAACCUAUUCCAGUAAGGACCAAGCUAGACAAGCUUUAGACAAACUGAAUGGAUUCCAAUUGGAGAACUUCGUGUUGAAAGUGGGCUACAUCCCUGAUGAAAUGGCUGCCCAGCAGAACCCCCCGCAGCAGCCCCGAGGUCGCCGUGGGUUUGGGCACAGGGGCUCGUCGAGGCAGGGGUCUCCAGGAUCAGGGUCUAAGCAGAAGCCGUGUGACUUGCCUUUACGCCUGUUAGUUCCCACCCAGUUCGUUGGAGCCAUUAUAGGAAAAGAAGGUGCCACCAUUCGGAACAUCACCAAACAGACCCAGUCUAAAAUCGAUGUCCAUCGUAAAGAGAAUGCAGGUGCUGCUGAGAAGUCGAUUACUAUCCUCUCUACGCCCGAAGGCACCUCCGCGGCUUGUAAGUCUAUUCUGGAGAUUAUGCAUAAGGAAGCUCAAGAUAUAAAAUUCACAGAAGAGAUUCCCUUGAAGAUUUUAGCCCAUAAUAACUUUGUAGGCCGUCUCAUUGGUAAGGAAGGAAGAAACCUUAAAAAAAUCGAGCAAGACACAGACACUAAAAUCACGAUAUCUCCAUUGCAGGAAUUGACGCUGUAUAAUCCGGAGCGCACCAUUACAGUUAAAGGCAAUGUUGAAACAUGUGCCAAAGCUGAGGAAGAGAUAAUGAAGAAAAUCAGGGAGUCUUAUGAAAAUGAUAUUGCUUCUAUGAAUCUUCAAGCACAUUUAAUUCCUGGAUUAAAUCUGAAUGCCUUGGGUCUGUUCCCACCUACUUCAGGGAUGCCACCUCCCACCUCAGGGCCCCCUUCAGCUAUGACUCCUCCUUACACACAGUUUGAGCAAUCAGAAACAGAGACUGUUCAUCUGUUUAUCCCAGCUUUAUCUGUUGGUGCCAUUAUCGGCAAGCAGGGGCAGCACAUCAAACAGCUUUCUCGCUUUGCAGGAGCUUCUAUUAAGAUUGCUCCAGCUGAAGCACCAGAUGCUAAAGUGAGGAUGGUGAUUAUCACUGGGCCACCAGAGGCUCAGUUCAAGGCUCAGGGAAGAAUUUAUGGAAAAAUUAAAGAAGAAAACUUUGUUAGUCCUAAAGAAGAGGUGAAACUUGAAGCUCAUAUCAGAGUGCCAUCCUUUGCUGCUGGCAGAGUUAUUGGAAAAGGAGGCAAAACGGUGAACGAGCUCCAAAAUUUGUCAAGUGCAGAAGUUGUUGUCCCUCGUGACCAGACGCCUGAUGAGAAUGACCAAGUGGUUGUUAAAAUAACUGGUCACUUCUAUGCUUGCCAGGUUGCCCAGAGAAAAAUUCAGGAAAUUCUGACUCAGGUAAAGCAGCACCAACAGCAGAAAGCUCUGCAAAGUGGACCACCUCAGUCAAGACGGAAGUAAAGGCUCAGGAAACAGCCUACCACAGAGGCAGAUGCCAAACCAAAGACAGAUUGCUUAACCAACAGACGGGCGCUGAACCCCCAUCCAGAAUCACAUGCACAAGUUUUUACCUAGCCAGUUGUUUCUGAGGACCAGGCAACUUUCGAACUCCUGUCUCUGUGAGAAUGUAUACUUUAUGCUCUCUGAAAUGUAUGACACCCAGCUUUAAAAAAAAAAAAAAAAUAAGGGGGGGAGGGAGGGAAAGAGAGGAGCUCUGCACUUCCCUUUUGUUGUAUUCUCAGUAUAACAAAUAGUCUAAUUUUUCUUAAUAUUCCCCCAUAAUGCCAGAAAUUGGCUUAAUGAUGCAGUCACUAAAUUCAUCAAAUAAAAAUAGAUUACUCCUAAGUCCAAUUGUUACAAUUGGGUCAGAACAGAAUUAUUACAGGAACUUAAAUGUGAAGCUAUUAGCAGAGAAAAACUAUUCUGUUUUAUUAUCUAACACUAACAUGAAUAACCUAAGGGAAGUGCUUGAAUGGUGGUGGCAGGGGUAUUAAACGUGCAUUUUUUACUCAACUACCUCAGGUAUUCAGUAAUGCAAUGAAAGCAAAUUUUUUUUUUUUUUGAAAAUUUUAUAUACUUUAUAAAGAUAAAAGUCCAACAGUUUUUUAAAAAAUAAAAUUUAAUUAGGUAACAGGCAAAUAACUGAGAAAAAAAAGUUACUUCUCGCUGGUUACAGUAAAGCUGGAAAAUUAAUUUCAGGUUUUUUGAGGCUUUUGACACAGUUAUUAGUUUGCAAAUCCAAUAAAUGUUCAAUGAUAUGGAGCAGUGCCUAUAUUUGGAGAGCAGCAAUACCAUUUAUUUUUUCGUUUAUGGUAGGGAAAGUUUUUGAUGGUACUAACAGAGCAAAGUGGUUGCAGGAGGUUUUGGAACGGCUAGUUGAAAUGGUUUCAGGAGACUUCAGUUUUUUUGUUCAGCUACGUGAUUGAAUGCAUAAAUGCUUUGUGCUUUUGACUAUCACUACCUAAAGAAAGUACAUCAGUGAAAAGAUGCAGCCCCUGUGGACUUGAAUCUGAUUGGCAAAAACCAAGCUUCAGCUUGUCUUACAAGAUGCUUAGUUUGCCAAUCCACUUCAGACCAGAUGGUCUAUACUUUGAGCAGACUUCAAAAGAAUUGCUUUGUGAAGACCAAUGGGGCAGUCAGAUGGGGUGACAGUGUUUAAAGGCAAUAAAAGGCUACAUCUCCAUGUGCCAGGCACAGUCAUGAGCCUCACUAAGCUAUUUUGAAGAUUUUUAAAACAAUGAUAAAUCAAGAGAAAUCAAAGGCCACCUAAAAUAUCACAUAAAAUGCAGCAGGAUUUCUGUAUUCUCUGCAACCAGUUAUUUGAUAAUAAGUCAAGAGGUAGGGAAUACAAGCAAAUAAUUUUUGGAAUAUAAUUUGAAUGACUGUGAUACAACACUUGACCUUUGAUACUGAACUCAUUUGCCCAUUCCUUAGCUUGAUGGCAAAGCCCCGGGAUGUACAAUUAUGUGGGUGUGGGUGGUCUCCAAGGCCACGCUGCUCUGAGAAUUGUUUCUGUGUUUCUUUUGUUCAUUAAAUGAUCACAGUCAUCAUAUUACACUGAUCUAAAGGGCAUAUAUAAUAACCCUUGAAAAAAAUCAUUUUGCCUCAUUCGUAUUUCAAGAUGAAUUUCUACACAGGCUCAUUUUUCUGAAGAUCACCUUAUCAAUUAGACACUCUGAAAAUGACUUGAAAUGUUUUCCUAAAUGUUUUCAGAAAACCAGUUUAUUUUGUAGUUUUAGCCAAAAAGUGCCCUUCUGUCACUGAAUUCAUCUAACAAUUCAUAAUUUUUUUUCAUACAAUGAAUUGCUAAAAAAAAAUCAUGGACUGGCUUUCUGGUUGGAUUUCAGGUGAGAUGCACUUAAGGCCAGAGCUCUUUCUUAGUAUUUGAUUUUUCCAAUAUUUGUUUUUUGUGGUUUUUUUAUACAGAUAGGUGCUACAUUUAUAUCUGCUGGUUUAAAUUGUCAUCUUUCACUUCUAGCCUUUUAGUAUGGCAAAUCAUAUUUUACUUUCAAUUAAGCAUUGGUAAUGGAGUAUCUGGUAAUAGGUAGGAAAUAAUUCUGUAAUUGAGUUUUGUACUCACCGCAUAUGGAUCAUUCCUCAACUGUAAUGUGCCCCAAAUGCAGCUUCAUUUUCCAGAUACCUUGAUGCAGAAUAAAGUUUUUCAUCAUUA